UGACUUCACCUUCCAACCAGUCUGCCUUGCUCGGCCCGUUGUCGUAUUCGCCAUCCCAAAAUUGCUAUUUUGGGAUCUGGACUCCCUCAAGAUCAACCAACCUCGCCUCAUUUGUGCUGCAUAGGUAACGAACUGCCUUGCGCUACAUAUCUAUGAUCAUUCAGAGCAAUCAAGCCUUGCCGAAUAUCAGAAUCCGUCGAAUUUUGGAGCUCAAGAUUUUAGCUACUUCGAUCCCGACGACGGAAGUACGACUUGACGCUCUCUCGUCGCUCGUCUUCGGCUGCAAAAAGCAGAGCAUUUUCGCCCACCAUCUGGCACGACGAGAUCGCUUCCAACGUCAUCAUCUCACCGCGCGCGCUCGACUUAAUCCCUGUUACUCACACCAUUUACCAGUUCACCAUGUGUUUCCGUAGCGAGGAAACCGACCCCACCCAACAACCCAUUCGCAUCACUCAGACCGACGAGGCGCACGGCAGCGAGUCUUUCGGCGACGUAAGCCAUCUUCCUCCGAAGAGGACCAGGACGAACUCAUCGGCUCAUCACACGAGCAGCACCCAGGCUCCAGCGUCGCUCAGCGACAAAGACAGGGACCAACCUCAAACGCAGAAACCCAACGCAAAGGGUCUCCGCAAAAUAAAGGCCAACGACAAGGAUAUUGCGAAUAAGAUGGCCAUGCGUCCUCCCGACUUCAUUGGAGCUGCCGGAGGGUUCUGAGUACAUCAUUCCCUUGGCCUUGUGGGUCGAUGGGUUUCGAGUAAAUGACAAAACGGGUUCGAGGACUCUUGCUUGUUCUAUACCACGAAGCACAAUAUCUGUGUAGGUAGCAAUGAAUUCGAGAAUGAUUUCCACGCUG